CCGUCGGAUCUGAACCGACGGCGUCGUAAGUCUUGCUAGGGUCGGACUCUCCGCCAAGAUAACAGAGACCAGGACCUUGAUUUGUGACCCAAAUACCCGGUAUCUUCUCUUUGGUAUCUAUCGCAUAUCGUAGUCGCGAACCAUGCGCGCGUUGAUUUACCUAGGUUCCUAGAAGGGCCUUCAAGGUCUAUAUAUGGGUUCCACUCAUUUCCUCAUGUUCCACUUAGAAAUGACUUGAACGUUACGUCGUAUUUUUCCUAUUUUCUCAUACGCCUGAACACGCGACGACCUCCAACAUGGCUGGUUUGAGUCCGAUGUUUCUUGUCUGCCUGAUCGCUGCGCUGAAUUGCGCCAGCGUCGGGUAUGACAGUAGCAUGAUGUCCUCCUUGAACAUUUCCGACGUAUUCCAGGCCAGAUUCAAUAUAGACUCAAACAUCAAGGGGUUGCUCACUGCUGUACAAAACCUUGGCGCUAUUGUGGGAAGUCUUUUUGCCGGUUCUAUCGUUGACAAAUGGGGUCGUAAGGGAGGAAUUCUCACGGCCUCAUGCAUUGUGCUGGUCGCUACCGCCCUUCAUAGCACUGCAACGACCCGCGCUCAAUUCUUUGUCGCACGUAUUGUCAUCGGGUUCGCAAAAGCCGUCGACAUCGCAUCAGUUCCAACCUACCUCGUGGAGUUGUCACCUCCAAAGCACCGUGGUUUCGUUUCCGGUCUGUACUGGACAUGUUGGCUUGCAGGUGCCAUUAUUUCUGCCGCGGUCGGGUAUGGAGCAAGAAGAGUCGAAGGCGACUGGAGUUGGCGCAUCGUUUGCAUUUGCAUGGCCGCCCCCGCAUUGAGCUGCAUUCUCUCGCUGUUCCUGGUACCGGAAUCCCCACGCUGGCUCAUCUCCCGCGACCGAGAACCUGAGGCACUUGCCGUCCUCGCUAGGUUCCAUGGUGGUGGUGAUGAAACUAAUCCCCUAGUUGUCGCGGAGUUCAGAGAUAUCAAGGAGACGAUCACCUUCGAGAAGGAAAACAGCUUUCCAACUAUCUUUGCUUGGUGGAAGGCCUUCUUGAGUGAUAAGGCGAAUAUUCGCCGCGGCUUCAUCCUUUUGAGUCUUGGCUGCUUCGAGCAGACUGUUGGAUCUAAUAUCAUUACUUUCUAUCUCGACGACGUCCUCUCCCUGGCUGGCAUCACUUCCGAAUCAAGCAAGUUCGCAAUCAACCUCAGUCAGAACUGCGUGGCUUUUGUCAUCGCACUUAUUGGUAUUUCUAUUGUCGACAAGGUCGGUCGGGUUCCUAUGCUCGUUGGAGGCACACUAUGGUCAGGCGCCGUCUUGGCUUGCAUGGCGGGACUUACGGCGGCAGCGAUUGAUAGCGCAGGAGGAAGAAAUGCGAUCAUCGCAAUGGUCUACCUAUUCCAAGUGGGCUACGCUAUGAGCUGGACACCAUUGUCAUUCUCUUACUGCGCGGAAAUGUUAAACUUCACAAUUCGCGCGAAAGGAAUGGGUUUCUAUACGAUCUUCGAUUCUUUAGUCGGUUUCUUCGUUCAAUAUGUUAUUCCGAUAGGCCUAGAUGGAAUCGGAUGGCGCUUUUACAUCAUCGGCGUUGUUUGGAAUAUCUUCGCUGCUAUCGUGAUCUACUACACAUAUGUCGAAACCAAGGGCUUGACCCUCGAGCAGAUCGACAACCGUCUUCAUGGGAUCCCCGUUGACCAAGUCGACGUGAUUGAAGCUUAUGACGGCAAUAAGCCAAUUACAGAUAGCGAACUUGGAAAGCCGGUUAGCGAGGUUGCUAAAACUCCGGAUACGAAAACAUCGGAGGCACAAGUAUAAUAUAGCUUAGAAGUAGAUGACGGACUACGGCUUUCUUUAUCACUGUUUGGGGGUCUCAUCUGUAAUUUAUUAGCCAGUUACCUUUUCCAUACCUUGUUUAUUCCGCAAUUCGCAUUGGCGCAGCUUGGUUUUCAUUUCACUGUUUAUUAUAGAGAGAUUUUCAUGGCCCUAGUGUGCCGCUUCGCGGCCUAGAUCUUCAAGUAGAAUGAGUGAUGUUGAAGCUAUAGGAGCUUACGAAAGGAAGCACUGAGCCACGGCCCUAGCCACAGUGCGUAAUCAAAUAAGCAAUGAUUGGCUAUUGUAUCAGUUUCGAACUCGGG